UCAGACCAUUGCGGGGAUUCCAUACCCUUUUGGAGUUGAAUCAUCUGAAUCCAAAGGAGCUGGCUGUUACUUAGACGAAGGGUUUGCAAUAUACUGCUACCCGAAUGAGACUGCCGUGUUGAGGCUCAAGGAACUAGAGGUGCAGGUGCUGAAAAUUUCUAUUGAAGACCGCACGAUUCGUGUAAACAACUCUGCUGCUAAGUACUGCCAGGGUGAUGGUUAUACUAGUCCGCAACCGCCAGAUUUGUCCGGGACACCUUUCACUUACUCUCAGAGUCACAAUACAUUUGUUUCGGCGAGUUGCGACCUCCUGGCCGUGGUGUACAACUCAUCUUACAACCCAGGCAUCCUUGGUGGGUGCAGCUCUGUUUGUGGUGAUGAGACUAAUUCUAAUAGUACAAACUAUUCGGAGUGUAAGAAUAGUACCAACUGUUGCCAGACUAACCUUCCCCCAAACCGGAAGACUUUGUAUUUUGGCUUGCUAACCACAGCUGGAGACGAUGUAGAUUGCUCCGUUAAUUACAGUUCACAGCGGCAUAAACAUGCAUUUCUGGUUGACCAAGUUUGGUUUCAGAACUUUUCUAGUUCAUGGGCUGGAAGAAUCGACAAAAAGGAUUUGGAAAAGGUUCCUUUGGUGCUAGAAUGGGCCAUAAAUGAUUCAUUCAUACGGUUUAACGAAUCUAAUUAUCCCUCUACUAAUUCAUCUAUUUGCCAGAAGGUUUCGGCAUACAAACAGAGCACGUUUAUCUGUAGCUGCAGGGUAGGCUACGAAGGAAAUCCCUAUCUUGGGAACCAUUUCUGUCAAUAUAUUGAUGAAUGCACAGAUCAUGCUAAAAACCAUUGUUCUGCCGGCUCAAAAUGUGUCAAACAUGGAGGGAGAUACCGCUGUAAAAAAGUGAGCAAAGUCAAAAUAUAUGUCCGAAUAGGUCUUUCCGCUUGUUUUGAUACAUUGUUGCUACUUCUCGUUGGAUUUUUGGGGUACAGAAAGUGGAAAAAAUGGAGUGACCGUAACUACAGGCGAAAGAAUUUCGAACGGCAUGGGGGAUUAUUGUUGGAACAACAAUUGUUGUCUGGUGAUGUUAAUGUUGAGAAAAUCAAGGUGUUUGACUCGAAGGAGUUAGAGAAGUCCACAGACAAUUACAGUAUGGAUAGAAUUCUCGGUCAGGGAGGUCAGGGUACCGUGUACAAAGGAAUGUUAGCAGAUGGAAGAAUCGUUGCUGUGAAGAAGUCUAACAUAGUUAAUGAAGGCGAAGUUGGACAAUUCAUUAAUGAAAUUGUCAUCCUUUCACAAGUUAGCCACAGAAAUGUGGUUAAGCUAUUAGGUUGCUGUUUAGAAACCAAAGUUCCACUCUUAGUUUAUGAGUUCAUACCCAAUGGAACACUUUCUCACUAUAUUCAGCAUCAAAAUGAGGAGUUUCCUCUUACGUGGGAAGUACGCUUACGAGUUGCCAUCGAAGUUGCAGGAGCUAUUUCAUACUUGCACUCAUCAGCUUCCUCUCCCAUUUACCAUCGAGACAUUAAGUCUUCAAACAUACUCUUGGAUGGUAAGUUUAGAGCUAAAGUUGCGGACUUUGGAACAUCAAGAUCAGUAGCCAUAGACAAAACACAUCGUACCAUGACAAACGUACAAGGAACAUUUGGUUAUUUGGAUCCAGAGUACUUCCAAUCUAGCCAGUUUACAGAUAAGAGUGACGUUUAUAGUUUCGGAGUGGUUCUUGCUGAGCUCUUGACCGGGCGAAAACCAAUUUUUCAGAGGACGCCACAAGAACCCACGAGUCUUGCAACUUAUUUCCUUGAGUCAAAGGAGCACAGUCAUCUUUCUGAUAUUCUUGAUGCUCAAGUUGUGAAAGAUGGUAGGAAAGAAGAGAUUGUGGCAGUUGCCAACCUUGCAAAACGUUGCUUAAAUUUGAAUGGAAGGAGACGCCCUACUAUGAAAGAAGUAGCCAUGGAGCUGGAGGGAAUUCAAUUGUCAGUUAAAGGUCUGGGUCAUGUUCAAGAAGAACUUGCAGAGGUUGGUUAUGUUCCAACUCAUGAAAUAACAGAAGCUUGGGAUACAAGAUCUUAUGAAGUUCAAGGUACAAGUCCAUCAUCCUAUGUACAACCACUAUUGUUUUCCAAUACAAUAUAGGGAACAAUCAUAUUGUAAUAAUCACGUUAUAUGU